AUGGCACCCAAGGAUUUCCUCCACUGGAGUCUCCUGGUGUUGCUUCUGUUUCUUCGCUUUUGCCUGUGCCAAGAUGAAUACAUGGAGACAACACAGAGUGGGCCUCAAAGUCCACCGGAAUGUGGCUGCCGUGGGGAUUUUGGAUUUCGAGGUUAUCAAGGCCCCCCAGGCCCCCCAGGCCCCGCUGGAAUGCCAGGAAAUCAUGGAAACAAUGGCAAUAAUGGAGCACCUGGUGUUGAAGGAACAAAAGGUGACAAAGGAGACAAGGGGGACAUGGGACCAAGAGGAGAGCGGGGCCACCAUGGCCCCAAAGGAGAGAAGGGCUACCCUGGCAUCCCACCUGAACUUCAGGUUGCAUUCAUGGCUUCAAUGGCAACCCACUUCAGUAAUCAGAACAGUGGAAUAAUCUUCAGUAGUGUUGAAACCAAUGUUGGCAACUUUUUUGAUGUAAUGACUGGUCGAUUUGGUGCACCAGUGAAUGGGGUGUAUUUCUUCACCUUCAACAUGAUGAAGCAUGAGGAUGUGGAAGAAGUAUAUGUUUACUUAAUGCACAAUGGCAAUACAGUGUUCAGCUUAUACAGCUAUGAAUCAAAAGGAAAAACAGACUCAUCGAGCAACAGUGCAGUGCUUAAGCUCUCCAAAGGAGAUGAAGUUUGGCUGCGAAUGGGCAAUGGGGCACUGCAUGGAGAUCAUCAACGCUUUUCCACUUUUGCAGGGUUUCUUCUUUUUGAAACCAAGUAG